AUGACCGCCUCCACCGCCGACGUCAUUGACGCGUACAAGCGCCUUGCCCUUGUGCGGCACCCAGAUCGUCCGAACGGGAGCGCGCGGGCGUUUCUCGAGCUCAAACGCGCGCGAGACGUCUUGAGCGACCGCGAGCUGCGAAAACUCUAUGACGCCUCUCUGAUCGCCCGCGCAUCGCGGCCGACGUGCGAGACCGUAGACGCGAGCGACAUGGAGAUCGUGAGCGUGUCGUUCGACUCGCACGAUCGAGGUGCGGGGAUGGGAGCGUUCGAUUGCGUGCGGAGGUCGUGUCAAUGCGGCGACGCGUUUGAGAUAUCGAGUAGGGAGUUGGAGGCGCUUCGGAGGACGCACGACGAGUGCGUUUUGGAGUGCGGGGGGUGUUCUCUGCGAAUCGCCGUGCGGUUAGCCCCGAUCGGGGUCGAGCUGGGUGAGGACGUGUUAGAAGCGUGA